UACAAAACAAACGACCGCGUUCAUUUUUUUAAUAAUCACGUUUUAUUUGAUAUCAUUUUCUUGGGAGGGAAAAUGGACAUUUAAUUCCCGAAGUAUUUGAAAUCGGCAGUUUUAAUAUUCAAGUAUUGCUUGCGCAUAUUUAUUCCCCAGCUAAUAGUUGACUGCGCAAAAAAUACCGAAGCAGGAUAAUCGUUGGGGACUAUAUAAUAUCAUCUCAGAUUAACAUCACUUCUCACAAUAACUCCAGCUAAACACCGAAGCAGGAUAAUCGUUGGGGAAAAAAAAAAGAAGAACUAGGGUACGAGGAAGCCAUGUCCGUGAGAGCAAUCACAUCAUUGGUGGUUCUAGUGAUUCUCACUUCCGCAUCAUUGGCGGUGGAUAUUGGAUCCGAUGACUCCCCUCGGAUCCGGAUGGUCCCCGACCGUCUCCGAGAGAUAGAGGAAUCCUUUGUCCAGAUCUUAGGCAAAUCCCAUCACGUUCUCUCCUUUGCUCGCUUCACUCACCAGUAUGGGAAAAUGUAUCAGCACGCAGAGGAGAUAAAGCACCGUUUCUCGGUGUUCAAAGAAAAUCUUGAUUUAAUCAGAUCCACCAACAAGAAAGGCUUAUCUUACAAACUCGGUGUCAAUAAAUUUGCUGAUUUAACCAAACAAGAGUUUCAAAGGAACAAGAUUGAUGCUGCUAGCUUUGCCACUUUAAAGGGCAGCCACAAUCUCACAGAAAGAGCUCUUUUGGAAACCGCAACUCCUAGUGUUAAAGACUGGAGAGAAGAUGGUAUUGUUAGCUCGGUCAGAGAUCAGGAACAAUGUGAAGCUGGGUGGGCAAUCAGUUCUGUUGGAGCUGUUGAGGCCGCUCACCGUAAGAAAUAUGGAAUCAGAAUAUCUCUGUCUGAGCAACAACUUCUGGAUUGUUCUACAAAUAACAAUGGCUGCGAUGGCGGCUUUGCUGCCAAAGCCUUUCAGUACAUCAAAGAGCGGGGACUCAUCUUACGAGCAGUUUACCCUUACGAAAGUACACAGAGAAUCUGCAGACAUCAGCUGGCACUUCCCCGUGUAUUAAUCAGGAGCUAUCGCAUAGGAGUGGAUGAAAAUGAACUGAAGCAAUGGGUUGGAUCCAUAGGGCCAGUUACCAUAGGAUUUCACGUUAAAACCUCAUUCGCUUUUUACGAGAGUGGAGUCUACACUAGUAGUGAGUGUGGAAGUACUACAGAGGACUUGAACCAUUUCAUGUUGGUGGUUGGCUAUGGAAUUGAAGACGGUAUCCCAUAUUGGCUUGUACAGAACUCAUGGGGAACGGACUGGGGCGAGAAAGGUUACAUCAAGGUGGAGAUGUGGAAGAACAUGUGUGGUAAGUCAUUUAUCAUGGAAUUUAAGCUAUAUAACCGUAUAUAUUGUAGGAGAUAAGAUUUCAUAUCGAAAAUAUGAAAGAGACUUAAGUAAUAUAUAAUACUAUUAUAACCGCAUGGGCGUUCGGGUACCCGUUGGCAUUCGGGUCGGGUUUUUCGGAUUUCGGUUUUUUUUUAUAACACAUCCUAGGUCUCAUUCUAGUAAAUUUGCAAGUACGGAUCGGGUUCUGAUAUAACACAUCGGAUUCAGAUCGGUUUUGUAUCACAUCAUAGAACCCAUAAAGUAAUCAUAUAUCAUUCGGAUUCGGGUUAUAUCGGAUCGGUUCAGAUAUACCCGAAAUAAAAUCUAAAAUUUGAAAGUAAAACAUAAGAAAUAUAUAUUUAUUUAUAUACAAUUAAGUAUUUAAGGUAGUUAUUUAAAUUUUAAAUACUUAUUGU